AAGUUGUAAACAAAACAUUGAGUCUGUGAUUUCAAAAUGGCGGAACAUGUGGAGGGAAAAAACGAAUUUGGUAGUGCUAAACCGUCCCUGUUUGAAGGUUACAAAUUCGACGAAAAAAGAAUUUCAGAUUUAUUUCAAAAGUUAGAUACUAAUAGAGACGGAAGAAUCGAUGCGACGGAACUAAGCGAAGGAAUUAAAAAACUUGGGUUCCACUACUCACCAGGUCAAGCUGAGGUUAUCAUAGAAUUAGGAGAUGACACAGAUGAUGAUCAUUUAUCGUUUGAUGAAUUUUUGAAAUAUUGUCAUGAUCACGAACAAAAACUUUGGCUGGUAUUCAAAAGUAUUGACACAAGUAAUACAGGUACUGUUUCAAGAGACGAGCUUCGUAAUGCUUUUAAAAACUUAGGUGUGAAAGUUUCUGAACAUGAAGUUGACACAUUAAUAAACAAAAUGGAUAAAGAUGGCACACUACAAAUAGAUUGGGACGAAUGGAGGGAAUUUCAUUUCUUAAACCCAAAUGCACAUAACAUGGUGGACAUAAUCAAAUUUUGGAAACACUCCACAUUUAUUGAUAUUGGGGCAGAUUUCUCUGUUCCAGACGACUUUACAGAAGAGGAAAAAAAGACUGGAAUGUGGUGGAGACAGUUGGUGUCUGGUGGCGUCGCUGGUGUAGUGUCUCGUUCCUGUACAGCUCCAUUAGAUCGUUUAAAAGUUCUGCUGCAGGUGCAUUCUGAUAGCAAAGGUGAUUGGGGCAUUCGGCAAGGCUUUCAAAAAAUGUUAAGUGAAGGAGGUUUCAGGUCACUAUGGCGUGGUAAUAUGGUCAAUUGUAUAAAGAUUGCUCCUGAGUCUGCUAUUAAAUUUUUUGCUUAUGAACAUACGAAAAAAUUAUUCAACAGCGGAGACACGAAACAGUUACGGGUAUACGAGCGUUUCAUAGCAGGUUCGGCUGCAGGAAUAUGUUCACAAACAUCCAUAUAUCCCAUGGAGGUAUUAAAAACACGACUGGCGCUUGGAAAAACUGGCCAAUAUAGUGGCUUAGUAGACUGUGCCAGAAAGGUUUUUAAACAAGACGGUGUAAGAGUGUUCUACAGAGGCCUCACACCUGGUCUGAUAGGCGUUAUUCCCUAUGCUGGUAUAGACCUAUGUGUAUACGAAACAUUAAAAGUAAAAUGGUUGAACAGGCACAUAGAAAAAACUGACCCUGGAGUGUUGGUCUUGCUGUUUUGUGGAACGGUUUCAAGCACGUGUGGACAGUUAGCAAGUUAUCCUCUAGCGUUGAUACGAACGAAGCUUCAAGCACAAACAACCGACCCGAAUUUCCGUGGACUUCGUGCAAAUGGAAUGCGUGACAUGUUUAAAUUAAUCGUUGAAGAGAACGGCUACUUAGGACUUUACCGUGGACUUUUACCCAAUUUUCUAAAAGUUGCUCCUGCAGUUAGUAUCAGUUACGUUGUUUAUGAAUAUAUGAGAAAGCUGUUAGGUAUGACUUGAAAAUAUUUAAUAUAGGCUUACUGUUGUUUUAAUAUUAUUACUACAGUCGACGCUUGCUAUCUCAAAGGGAACGGCGAAAGAGUUCGAGAUAACGAAUGCAAGUGGUGUAAAAGUUUGAGAUAGUGAAAGUUUUGAAAUUGAGUAAAAAAAACAAUUUAUAAGGUCACGUUAUCAAGAGAGAUUUUUCUCAGCAUCAAACAAGGAAAAGGAAGUUUAUUUGAAGCAUUCACAUUUUUCGAAGUCGUACUAAACUUUUUAAAUGAAAUGAACUUUUGCAAUGGAAUGUUUUUUCGUUCAAUUAUUCUGCAAAA